UUCACCCUCUCCUAGCAAGCUACCGGCCCGCAUACAAGACAGCCGAGUAGUUUAGUAGGUGGACUGUCACUGGAUUUAGAGGGAAACGGGAUAUGGAAAAGAACGACCCGUGGCUAGUCAUGUUCCCUUCAUAAUUGCUUAAAAAAUGAAUAUUUGAUUUAACGUAGAGCAAACAUUAGCUUUUCACAUAUUAGCUAAAAAUAGCUAGCACGCGCAGCGUCAUUGAAGUUCUCGUACGUUUAAAUCGAUAUAUUCAUGCGUAAAUUGUUAAAAGCGUAAGUGAAACGUGGAAUGCUAAAGAGAUGGUGGAAAUUACCCAAUUUAAUUUGACAACCUCGCUUUCGCCUUCUUAUUACCCCCAAAUUAACAACGGAGCUGUCAAUCAUUAGGCAACUCUCAAUCAUUUCUUCACCUCGGAAUCGAAUCACUUUCGAACUGAGACAAUGGACAGCGUGCGGAGCACCUUCCACACGCAAUUAGCCGCUGUCAUGGACUCCCUGCUGGCUGCUGCCGUGUGCGAGAUAGCAAAGAUCUUCGAGAGCAGCAUGUGUGAGCAGCAGGCAGAAAUCUCCAGUCUCCUCGCCAAACUGGAGCAAGUGGAGAGGAAACAGAGGACCAAAACAGAAAGAGAUGGCACGUCUGCAGAGGGAGGGAACACCAUGAAGUCAAAACCCAUGACGGAAGCAGGCAAGGAGCCAAAUGGUGAAAACACCUCAAGUGAACAGAAAGAGGUCACAGAUUCUUUAACUUCGAUAAAACAUGAGCAAUCCCCAUGUGAGGGAUCUCAGCUUCCAUUGGCGUCUUUCGUGGUCAAAGUCCCAGACGAAAGCAUCGACAUUCCAGACCAGAGAACACGUCUUCCGACUGACACCCACGUCUAUGUCAAAGUUUGUCAGAGGGAUGAGGUGACCCAGGUGGAAGACCACCAAUCACAACAAGAAAGGGCUUCUCCCCCUUUUCUUACCAUCACUCAGAGCGGACGUUGCCCUCCCAGACAUGACCCCAGCCAAGCACAACCUAGCCAAUGGCCACUUGUUCUGGACAACACUCAAGCCUGUUCUGAUGGGAAAUUAAAUGACUCUGGAUCUUUCUACUCACUGCGUCCUUCUAUCACCACCGGGUGGCAGCAUUAACACGCAA